AUGGAUAGACCUGGAAAGUGUUACGAGCUGCGGGCUUCGCUGCAGAUAUGGCCAAAUCCAAGAACCACACCACACAUAACCAGCAUCAAGAAACCCCCAUCACAAAGAUACGAAUCUCUUAAGGGGGUAGACCCCAAGUUCCCGAGGGACACGUGCUUUGCCAAGAAGCACAAUGGGAAGGGCCCUCGUGAAGCCCAAGGAGGUCAAGACCAAGAUCCCAAAGGAUGGAAACCGCAAGCUCUGUCGACUUGCCUACUUCGCUCACCCAAGCUUGGAAAACGUGCUUGUGCCCACAUCGCCAGGGAUCUCAGGGUCUGCCGGCCAAAGUCCAAGGCCAAGGCUCAUACCGAGCUCCAGGCUGCAUCUGUGACUGUGGCUGCAGCUCAGGCACAGGCUCAGGCUCAGGCUCCCGAAGGUGCUGUGUGCCUAUGA